CGGAGUUGCGGCCUCCCGCCGUCGCCCUCGAAGGGCUCGAUCUGUUUUCUGCCGGGCGGGGAAGAAGCGGCGAGUUAACUGCGGGAUCUUCGAAGUUCCCAAGACAGGGGCGCCCUCAGCCCGGUUCUCCCGGGGCGCUGCCGAGCAUGGGCGGGCAGUGCUGCUGCUGCUGCUUAUCCGAAGAGGAGAAAGUGAACAGGCUCCUGAGGCUGGAGAUCGAGCGGCGGCUGCGCCGAGACAAGCAGCAUUCCAGCAAGGAGCUGAAGCUGCUGCUGUUGGGGGCAGAACUGGAGACCAAGGUGCAGAGGUUUCUAGGGAACUUAAGACUAUUUCCAACCUUACUUUACUGAGAUACAGACAGCCGAAUACAGGAAGUUUAUUCAGAAAUUGUUUGGGAGGGGCAGCAACUGGCUUCUUAUCUAGAAAAGGUACAGGAGAGAGUGGGAAAAGUACAUUUAUUAAGCAGAUGAAGAUAAUUCAUGGAUCAGGCUUUUCAGAAGAAGAGCGGAAAAACUACACAAAACUGGUUUAUCAAAACAUAUAUUCUGCUAUGCAAGCUAUGGUGAGCGCUAUGGAUGCUUUACAAAUACCAUACUCAUCUGAACAAAGCAAGGAGGACAGCCAGAUGAUUGAAGAGGUACAAACAGACAAAAUAGAAACCCUGGAAAGAAAAUAUGCAGAAGCACUUAAGAGGCUAUGGAUGGAUCCAGGUAUCCAGGAGUGCUACCACCGACGGAGAGAAUACCAAUUGUCAGACUCAGCUAAAUAUUUCCUUUCAGAUUUAGAACGUAUUGCUAUGCCAUCAUUUGUGCCAAAUGAGCAAGAUGUCCUCAGAGUGAGAAUACCAACCACUGGAAUCAUUGAAUAUCCUUUUGUGCUACAAAAAGUUAUUUUUCGAAUGGUAGAUGUUGGUGGACAAAGAUCCGAAAGAAGGAAAUGGAUUCACUGCUUUGAAAAUGUGACCUCAAUUAUAUUUUUAGUUGCAUUGAGUGAAUAUGACCAAGUCCUGGCAGAAUCCCAUAAUGAGAAUCGUUUGGAAGAAAGCAAGGCCUUAUUUAAAACAGUAAUUACCUACCCUUGGUUUCAGAAAUCUUCAAUCAUCUUGUUCUUAAACAAAAAAGAUAUUUUAGAAGAGAAAAUUAUGUAUUCUCAUUUAAUUAACUAUUUUCCCCAGUUCACAGGACCAAAACAAGAUGUCAAAGCUGCUGGAGAGUUCAUUCUGCAGUUAUACAAGGAUCAGAAUUCAGACAAAGACAUCUAUGCCCACUUUACAUGUGCCACCGACACGGAGAACAUUCGAUUUGUGUUUGCAGCUGUUAAAGACACCAUCCUUAAUCUGAAUCUAAAGGAAUUCAACCUGGCAUGAAUAAAAAGGGAAUCCGCUACAUACCUUUGACUAUACUGCAAUUUUAUUUAUUACUUAUAAAAGAUAUUCUGUGUAAUAGAUUUUUAACAAUUGUUUGUGUCUUUGCUGAACCUGGAAAUAAGGUUAGAACUUUUUAAGGAAUAGGUUUUGAAUAUUCUGCUUUUAAUUUUUUGGAGGGGAUUUGUGAGCCUUUUGGUCAUAAUCACAGAGAUCCUUUUACCUUUCAUAAUUUAUAACAGAUGUGCAUUUGAACCUCGUUAAGGCCACAAGAAUGAUAGUUUUGAGACUAAUUGUAUUGCUGUUAUUCAACAGAAAGAGGGGUGCUUAGAUCUGAGUACUUAUUAAAUCUACCAUAUUUUCCGGCAUAGAAGAUGACUUUCUAAACCAUGAAAAUCUUCUCAAAAGUCGGGGGUCAUCUUAUACACCGGAAAAUAUGGUAGUCUUAUACGGCGAGUAUAGCCCAAACUCUAUAUUUUAACUGGAAAAGUUGGGGGUUGUCUUAUACGCCCAGUCGUCUUAUAUGCCGGAAAAUAUGGUAUUUUUAACGGUGCCUUUCUUCUUGUAGCCUUAACAGGUGGCAGCAGUUGGUUGCUCUUUUUUUAGGCUCAAGAAAAUAAAAUAAAAAACAACCCUCCCUCCCUGAGUACCUCAAACCUAAUUAUUACUUGGGUUUGAAUUAUCUAAUCCUCUCAGACUAGAUAAAAACUCGUCUGAAGGGAAUAGUAAAGUCUUCACAUGCUGUUCCUGUGAAAUUUGCAUGAAGUUACCAUGAGCCGAGUUUCAUUGAAGAGUAUUUAUUUUACUUGCAAUUAAACAACGGAUACUAAGAGUCUGUAUAUUUUUUUUCACUUAAUAGGCAACUACAACCGAUAGGUGCUUUUCUGGAAAUCUUGAUGUUUUAAUAUUAUUUGAAUUAAUAUUAAUAGGUUAACGAACCAAAGGCAGUUGUUUGAGGGACCCUCAAACAUCUAUCAGGAAGAGUAUAUUAUGGGUCCCAUCUUCCAAGAAGUUCCACCUGAGGGGAACAAAAAUAUAAGCUUUUUCUGCUGUGGUUCCGGCUCUCUGGAACCCAAGUGAGCUUGGCCCUGUUCCUUUUCCAGCUCUCUGAAAACCCUGUAAUAAAACAUGGUUUCCCCAACAACCAUAGGGAACCUGCAAGAUGGUCACACUAUCGGAUAUUGAUAUUCUCCCCCAAUCCUGGUUUCUAUUUGUGUUUAAUUUUUAAAUUGAUUGUAAUAUUUGUUUCUUAAUCAUUUGUUUACUGUAUGCUGCCCAGUGAAAUGGAUAAUUAUAUAAAUUUUCUAAAUAAACAGUGGCUUUCUAUUAUCAA